UAACAGGAAGUGACUGUUUAUUUGACUUCCGGUUUAUUCUUUGAAGGCGGCUGAAAACUGUCCUAUUUGACCUCAGUUUUUUGUGCCCCCUGCUGCUGCUGCCUGCUCUCGUCUACUUUCCAGGCGAGAAGCAGCUCAUCUCAAACGAGCCUACUGGAAUUGGGCCAGAAAGUACAAGCGACCUUUAAAACCCACAAUGCACUGCUGCCCCAGCAGUCAAACCUCUUCCGGGUUUGCACAGCACCCCACCUGCGUGGUAUCAGACUGAAGUAAUAUCAACAAACUCUCUAAUUAUGAAUGGAGACGAGGACAAGGAGUUCAACGUGUUUGUGGCUCUCCACGCCGGGGCCCUGCAGUCCUCAAGGAUCCCCACAAUCUACUGGAGGAGCCUCCAUCACAAAAUCACCAACGAGAUUUACGAUGCUGGGGAAGUUUUUGGAAUCGGGCAUUUCCAACAAGAAGAAGACGAGGAAGGUGGAGAGGAUGAGGAGAGGAAGAAGGACAAUCCUGGAGCAGUGUUCCGCUGUAAAGUGGUUGUGACCCAAGAGAGUGGGCUGCAGGUCUCCGAGCCGACCAGUGUCUACCUGGUGGAUCACGCCUGGACGUACCGCGUGGACCACGCCCGUCAGCAGCUGGAGCAGUUCCCCGGCCUGCUGCCCAGAAUGGCCGACCUCAUGGGGGUGGACUUCCACGGCGAGGCCCCUGACCCGGACACGGUGGAGCUGGUGAUGGAGCGCAUGUGGAAGUACAACCAGACUUAUGAACUCUCCCAGGGGUCUCCCGAGGAUAAAGUACCGGUGUGGUACAUCAUGGAUGAGUUUGGCUCACGGGUGCAGCACUCCGACCGGCCCAGCUGCAGCAUGGCUCCCUUCUUCUACGUUCAGGGCGGGCUGGCCUACUCUGUGCUCUGGCCCCUGCAGGACCUGCAGGGCAGAGAUGAAGUAACCCGUGACUAUACGUAUGGAGAGACGGACCCCCUGGUGAGGCGAUGCCGUCUGUUACCAUGGAUACCUGCCGAUCUAGAAGGGGUCAGCAGUGUCACGACUGAGCCCCCUGACUCGUACUACAAGUCCAUUGCGUUGGAGAACAAGGAGCAGCUUCCUGUGGAAAUCCAACCCUACACUGUGCCCGAGGACAAAAUCCUCAAGGUUUACUCCAACAUGUCGCAAGUAACAAACAACCUGACACACCCCCGGUUCCAGCUGACGGAGGAGGAGGAGGCUGAUGUCGUUUGGAGCUAUAAUCACAUCAAAGACUACAGGUCAGCAACACACACACAGACAAGAAUAAAAUAA